AUGCCUACAAAACCAGUGCCAUUCCCAGGCUUCACUGCGAUAACGGAGCGCGUCUACCUGCGCAAUGGUCAUGAAAAGGCCAAACCAUCCCCGGCCGACGAGCCAACCACAAUCAUUAUCUUCGGCUGGGGCGACGGGAUGCCGAAACACGUCUCCAAAUAUUCAGACGGUUUCCAUGAACUCUUCCCAUCGGCGCGCAUCCUAGUGGUCCUAUCGGGUACCUUCCAGGCCUCAAAUCAGCCCCUGGAAGCGCGGAUCGAAGCCAUGAUGCCCGUCAUCGACACCGUCUUCCCCACCCCGACAGGCGACGGCACUGAAGACGAGCGCAUCCUUCUCCACGCCAUGUCAAACACCGGCGGCAUCUUUACCGCCGCUGCCGUCGUCGCCUACCAACGGCGGCACGGCACAGACAAGAUGUUCCCGCAUACGCUUCUCGUCUGCGACUCCACGCCAGGAAGUCUUGACUUCGCAUCGCAGGUUGGCCGCUGGUCGCGGGCAAUGGCAGUUGGAACCGCGAAAUUCUUCCCGUGGCCGUUCAUUAUCACGCAGGGUCUAUGGUAUACUUUCCUAUGGGCGAACUGGGCCUUGGAACGGGUACGCGGCUCGGAGCCGUCGGGCGCGUGGGCUAAUCGGGUAAUGAAUGAUACGGCAAUUGCGACCCUUGAUUCGCGCAGGCUGUAUCUCUAUUCUAAGGAGGAUGAGAUUAUUGGAUGGCGGGACCUGGAGGAAAAUGUUGCGCAGGUUAAGACUGUGGGGUAUGAGUUUGAGAUGGAAAUGUUCGAGGGGUCGCCGCAUGUUGGACAUAUGCGGUUGCAUCCGGAGCAGUAUUGGAAUAAGAUUCUCGGGUGCUGGAAGGAGGCGCAGGCGAAGCAUUAA